AAAGCCAAAUCCCACAUAGCACCAUCUUCACUCAAACAAUACCCAUUCUCCCAAGAACACAACUCUUCUUCAUUGAUCUUCCCCGGUUGAUCUUCCCCGGUUUUCAUUGAUACCACACCGGAAAAUUAAUCAAUAAUGUCGGGCGUGUGGGUUUUCAACAACAACGGAGUGAUGCGGCUCGUGGAGAAUCCCGGGGCUGAGCCGCACGGUGGAAGCGGGAAGCGGAAGGUCUUAGUCCACACCCCGACCAACGAGGUUAUCACAUCGUAUGCAGAACUCGAGAGGAUGCUCUACUCGCUCGGGUGGGAGAGGUACUACGACGACCCGGGUCUGCUCCAGUUCCACAAGAGAUCCACCGUCCACCUCAUCUCUCUCCCGAAGGAGUUCCACAAGUUGAAGUCCAUGCACAUGUAUGACAUCGUCGUGAAGAACCGCAACAUCUUCGAAGUCCGGGAUAUGUGAAUCACCAGAGUUCCAAGUUUGGAUGUUUCUGUCUGGAAGAUUGAUGUGUGUGUCUCUGAUCUCCAUUGAUGAUCGACUUGGUGUGUGGCUAAUUAGUUUGAAUUCUUGCAUGUUUUAGUUCAGUUUAAUUAAUGUUAGGGGUUUGUGGAGAUUGAGAAAGAGAUUUUUGCAUGCAUGCAUUAUUGAUGAUUGUCGUCAUCGUUUAUCUGUAAAUUACUGCAAUGGUUUGUGAUUAUGAAAUGAAAACAUAUGACAUCACGUUGUUGA